AUGAUACAGACAUUACCUCAAGCGUUAUUGCUCACAAUUGCAGAUAUCCUGACUUCUGAAACAAGAUUGAACUUGGCACGCACGUCGAAAUACAUGUGGAAGUCAUUUACAACAUCUGUUGAGUCAGUAUAUACACUUAAUAGCACUGUUCCUACCUUCCUGCUACAUAAGCUAAAGCAUGUGUAUAUUCGAAACAAAUAUUACUGUAGCAACGAGAUUUCAAGAUUACUCGACAAUGCUUCUCAACUCGAGUCUGUUCAUUUCGCAUAUCGUGAUCACUAUGAUUAUCAGUUUUUGAGCCUCUUUAUAGCAAAAAACAUCACGCGUAAACUUGCUUACCAUGUUCCUAGUAGCGCGAUUAACGUGUUCCAAGUGCUCUUGGAGUCACAGCAGCUCAAAAAUAUUACUGUUGUCCCUCUUCAAUACGAUGCCGAACAAGCAAGCGGUAUUGUUACCCCUGAGCGCAUCAACAGACAUGUACAGCUCAUCAAAGAGAGAAUGAAGAUUGAUUGGGCUCGCUCACGACUCACGUUCAAGGAAAGAGCAAAGUUGAAUCACCAUCUACCUGUAUAUGUCAAUCAAUUGAUGUGCCUGCAUGAUUACUCGCUGUUGAAAAAAAAACAAUUGUUUGCAGAUAAAUAUAUGAAGAAAGCAGCCAGCGUCGAUAUCGAGCAAGCAGAUGCUCUGAUUAGAAAAGUAGCACCAAUGUUUGUCGAGGCAGUUAUCAUCAUCAAGGACAACUGGUACAUGAUUACAAGUUUCUCUGUUUUCAUUCAUGAUCCACAGCACAUCGAUGAUUGUGCCGACAAUUCCAAAUUCGCAUACCAAGACAAGCCUAUUGCCUUCAUCAUGCGUAAAACGGCUUUCGGGUCGUCAUCUUAUGAGCUUGUCAUCAGAUUUGGAUUCAUAGAAUUGCUGGCUGACAGUGGAUUUAUGGGAUCAGUUGAAUCAAACACAUUCUUGCCCUUUGUUGGUUCAGCAUUAAAGAGCCUUCCUCUUGAAGUCACCGGCAGUAUCAACACUCUGACCAGCGCCUCAAUCUUCGUCAACAAUGAUCAGCGGCUCUAUGGCACGCACCCAAGACUGAUCAAUCAAUAUUACAAGGAUUCAUCAACUCUAGAUUGGCAUUUUUACAGCGCUAAAUUUGAUGAGGCGGGCUUUAAGCCAUUGCACCCAUUGAAGUUGGUCGAUGCCCCUUGCCUGGUGGAAGCGUCUUCGUUCAUUAUCAAUUCUUUUGCUCAUCGUGAAACCAAAAAGAGCAUAGCAAGAAAAUAUCAAAAGGCUUUGAAAAAUUCAUCAGUUUCCAAAAAUCUGGAGAGGGAAGUAUCGCUUGUUAUGAAUUAUCUGGAUGCUAUUAUUUCCCAUCGUCGAGGCGGGCCUGCUAUCUUCCACGAAACCAAACAUGGCAAAGCUUUGGUCAAGCGAAACUUGUUGCAACUUUAUCAAAAGGUGUUGCAACCCUAUAUCAAAGCACAAAAUCUGAAAACAGUAGCAAGGGCCCAGGAUGUAUACAAGCUGAAGAAAAUUAACUUGUUUGAUUGA